CCCCCUGUCAGUGUCCAUCAAUGCCAGCUGUCAGUGCUCAUCAAUGCCACCUGCCAGUGACCAUCAGUGCCUCAUCAAUGCCACAUAUCAGUGCCUACCAAUGCAUAUCAAUGCCACAUGUCAGUGCCCAUCUAAGCUGCCUGUCAGUGUCACCUAUCAGUGCCAGUCAGUGCUACCUAUCAAUGCCAGGCAUCAGUGCCGCCUAUCAGUGCCAGUCAGUGCCGCCUAUCAGUGCGCAUAAGUGCCUGUCCCUGCUGCCUAUCAGUGCUGCCUAACAGUGCCAGCCAGUGCCGCCUAACAGUGCCAGUCAGUGCCGCCUAUCAG